UGUCACCACGGAAGCUUUUCUGCUCGCUGUCUGUUUCGUUUUCGGGGCACACGUUUGGAGGGCUACGGCACUGUUGGCCAGCAGAAAAAUUGUAAUUUUGGUUGUGCAAAACACUGCUUCCACCCGUCCCACCGAUACACAGUCCGGAACUCCAGCAAGGUGGUGCAGCCGCCCGCUUCCCGUUUACUGUGAUAGAGCUUCUCGACGCGAGCUUGUUUUCAUCCGACGCCAGUGCAAAUUCGCAACCAUGCCUCGAGGAAAGUACGUUAAUCACAAGGGGCGCAAUCGCAACUUCACCAACCCGGAGGAGCUAGAAGCGCAGCGCAAGAAGGACGAGGAGGAGAAGAAAUGGCGCAAGACGCGGGAACAGGACUCGGACGAGGAUGAGGACGAGGACGGUGAUGGGGAGGAAAACGACUCUGACGAGUCGGAAUCGGAGGAGGAGGAAAAUGCCAAGGGUGCGGCGGGUGUGAUACAGAUACAGAACCCGAACCGGGUGGCGAAAAAGUCCCACCGGAAGGUGGAGGAGGUGGCCGAGGACGAUGAACCGCAGCUGACCCGCCGGGAGAAGGAGGAGCUGGAGAAGCAGCGGGCAGCGGCCGCCUACCAGAAGCGGCACGCCGAGGGCAAAACGGCCCAGGCGAAGGCGGAUCUCGCCCGGUUGGCCAUCAUCAAGCAGCACCGUGCGGAGGCGGCCGCAAGGCGCGAGGCGGAGAAGAAAGGUAAGUGCUCUCUCGGUCUCGCUCUCGUCGGUCGCUGUGUCUCACGGUGGCGAAAUGUUAUAAUUAACUUUUAUCCUUUCCUUUUCUACCGCCAUCACAACACCCUCCGCGAUCUCCACCAUCAGAGAAGGAAGCCAAAAUGAAGAGCGGCGCAUCAUAAGCGCUUAUCAUCGCCGCGUAGCUGUGCAGCUGUAGGUUAACGAGACGUACGAUUCAAUUCAAAACACGUGUGUAAUUUUGGGGUCGCGAUUUUGUUCAUCGCGAUCGCGAUCUGCAAUCCAGUUACGAUACUUUUGGUUUGUUCUGUUCGGCGCAGAAUGAGUGCUUCCCGUGUGUGUGUGCACUCUCCCGUCCUUGGAGCCAUGUCAGCAAGACAACAUCCCUUCCUUUAAAUGUAUCCCUUCUCCUCCCUUAAUAUCCCUCUAACUUCCUUUACUCUCCUCUCUCUCUCUCUAGUUGGAUAAGUUGAGAAUGUAGCAAAAAAAAGAAAUUUUUCUGUUUUUGCACCCCACUACAAUUCCCCUGUCCUACUGAGAGUGUUGUAUAUCGAUAUAUGCAGUAAAUUUAUAUUUAGAGAUAAAUAUAAAACUCCAAUCGGC